AAGGGAGAUGGGAGAUGGGUGGAGAGAGACGGCAGACACGAAGAGAAAGCGUAGCGCAACAGCCAGCAGCCUAUUGACGCCUCUGCCCGGAAGAGAAAACACGAACCAGGUCAAAUCGAUUCAACUAUGAGAUUUUUUUUCAUUUCUCCGCUUAGAAUACAGCCUAAGCAGUUGUAAAUUACAUGGGGUGAGCGACGUCUGAAUUCCGCGGGUUCGGAAAGCUAAAUGGAUACCAUACGGACUCCGCCUGGUGCGGGCAGCGUUGUGAUUGUACCGGAGAAUUUGAUAAGUGCUUUCCGCGUGCGGUGAGGGGGAGACGGUCGAACACAUUGUGGAGAUCGGGAAGAAAUGGAGAUACGCGUUUUCGCGACGCCCUUACGCCCUCUGUCCACCAACAUGAUGAGGACGGUCUUAGCAUUUGGUUGUCUCUUAUUUGUCACCAGGGGAGAAGAUCGACAGACGCCAACAGCGGCCAGGUCUGUAGAUAACCAAAACAGCAACGUAACGGACAGCAGCGACAGGAGGUACAUACACAUCGGUGACGGGAGCGCGCAGGAAUUUGAAUUUCCCGAAAACACCAAGGGAGUGAUUGUAAUUUGGAGCCAGUAUCGGAGCACUGCCAGCAGGAACGGCUGGGAGAGCUCUAGGCAGACGGUGACCGUGCGCUCUCUGAACCCGGAGGUUCUGGCCAUUCUGAACGUGAGCGACAGCGGACGCGGGGGCCCGGUGAGCAGCUACGUUAUCGGCAUCAGGUCGGGUGUGGCCGGUCAAGCACAGCUGCAAAUCCAGCUAAUGGACCCGGACUCGCAGCCGGUUCUGGUGGAGGAGCGGUUGGACUACUCCAUCCGGGUGUCCCCCAACAGUGACGACCCGGCCGCCGAGCGGUUUCAGCUGGGCGGCCUGUCCCACUUCUCGGAGAACCCGCUCCUCUUCGCCCUGCUGCCCCUCAUCUUCAUCAACAAGUGUGCCUUCGGCUGUAAGGUGGAGGUGGAGGUCCUCCGCACGCUGGCCCGCCGCCCUGUGCCCCUGCUUCUGGGCGCGGCCGGUCAGUUCCUGGUCAUGCCGCUGUACGGCUACGGCCUCUCCCGGCUGGCCUCCCUGCCCAAACCGCUGGCCCUGGGGCUGGUCAUCACCUGCUCCGCCCCAGGGGGAGGGGGCGGCUACCUCUACAGCCUGCUCCUGGGGGGCGACGUCACCCUGGCCAUCUCCAUGACGCUGGUUUCCACGGUAGCGGCCACGGCCAUGAUGCCCCUGUCCACCGCCCUGUACGGGUGGCUGCUGGGCGUUCACGCCGCCCUCCACGUGCCCUUCGUCAAGAUCCUGGGCACCCUCCUCUUCAUCGCCAUCCCCAUCUCGCUGGGCGUGGUGGUGAAGCUGCGGGCGCCCACGCUGAGCCACGCCCUGCUGAAGCUCAUCCGGCCCUUCAGCUUCCUGCUCAUCGUGGGCGGCGUCUUCAUGGCCUACCAGAUGGGGGCGUCCAUUUUGGCGAACGUGGGGCCGCGGAUAGUGGUGGCCGGGGUGUCGGUGCCGGCGUUCGGGCUGCUGCUGGGCUACGCGGCGGCGAGGGGCUCCAGGCUGCCCGUGCCCCAGCGGAGGACGGUGGCCAUCGAGGUGGGGGUGCAGAACAGCCUCCUGGCGCUGGCCGUCAUGCAGCUGUCAUUCCGCCGGGCCGAGGCCGACUUCGCCUCGCAGGCGCCCUUCAUCGUGGCGCUCAGCAGCACCUCCGAGAUGCUCUUCCUCGUCCUCGCCCACCUGGCCCACCGCCGGCUCCGGCCCCUGCCCCCCACGGACACCUGACCGAUUGUAGCGUCUCCCCGCGGCCGCCAUCAGUGCAUCCUCCUCGGCUCCGCUCCGCCUUCUCAAUAGGAAGAGAGUGAAGGACGUGGAGGAUGUGUUUCUGUCGAGUCUUGGGACGCACACGCUGACACUGGACAGUGAAGAAAGUAUUUUUCUGUUUUGAAACCAAAGGCCUUCCCCCCCCCCCCCCCCCCUCCCCCCCCACACUUUUUUCUGUCUUUUUCUAUGAUUUGGUGAAAAAAAAAAUUGCACUCCGUACACAUGAGGAGAGAAAUGAUUCUAAAAAAACAAAAUCAAUAUUUUUCUACCUUGCUUUGUUUUGUAAAUGAGAUGACGAGUAUGUAUUUGUAUAAUGUUUACAGAGCUCUUGAGUGGCCUGAG